AUGGAACAAAGCCUGCAAAAGGUCGACUUUCGACUGCUCCAGGGCUGCUGCCUCGAGGCCGAGAGGGCCGAUCUGGUAUCGGUGAAUCUGGAAGGCCUCCGUCUCGCCUUGCCGGAGAGCUACGGCGGCCACCUCGCCGCGCUCGUCGAGGAAAUGCGGAGUUGCGCAAGGAUCCUCCGAGACUUGGCCGACCGCUCGCAGAUGCACUUCAACCGCGUCCCGAUACUCCUCAACUACCUCAACAUCAUCCUGCCGUGUCUGUCGAGGACCCUUCGCGACAUCACCAACUUUUACGAGACACGCACCGUGAGCAAGGAGAUGCGAUGGCGGAAGAUGUACCACACCAUGACGCAGGAAGUCGGCGGAUUGCCGCUCCCCCAGCGCUUCGUUUUGUACAACCACUUCCUGACUUGCUUGAAGCAUCUUCUGACGAGGUCGCCAAAUUUUGAUCUCAACAGUUUGGAGAGCCUACGAACGAGAAUCAUUGGUCUGCGGGAAGCAAGAGGCCUUCCAACACCGGCGACACAAGUUGGCCCGGUACUUCGUCCAGAAGCCAUGCUCUUGCCGGCGGUUCAAGACCCCACCGACCAUUGGGCCGAGCAAAUCUUCUCACUACCGUUGCCAUCUCGGACGGCCUUGAAGAGCAACAAGCCCUCAGAGGCCCGUGGCCAGUUCAUGGCAUGGGGCCAGCUCAACAUCCCGAAGGAAACCAAGAUGCUUUUCAGGCGGCCUUUUGACGAGGAUCGUCUCGCGUUGAUGAUGUUCCUCAACCUGCUCAACCAGACUCCGUACGUCCUCCUGCGGAGCUUCCACCAGGGCGCGCCGUGGUUCACGCUCCGCGGCACCCACGAGCUGGUCAUCCACCGCGAGGGCAGCACCCUCUGCCUCAACCGCUGGAGCCAGGUCGACAACAUGCCGAAGCUGUGGGCCGGGCUCUGCUUCAAGACCUGGGAGGAGCUCGUCCUGUUCCACAACACCUUCGUCUCCCUCAAGGCCCGCAACGCCCUCACCAUCAGCAUGAACGCCAGGGAGUACAAGCUCUCGGGCGAGAAGAGACUCUUCCAAGCCCAAAUCAUCGACGACGGGUUCAAACACUCCCUCAUCGUCUACCGCGACGUCGCGACAAAGGGCCUCCGCCUCCACGCCGCCGUGUGGGAGGGCGAACUCCGCCAGUGUCCGGUGUGGACGGCGUUCGUAACACACCAGUCCGCCUCCCCGACCUGGCUGCACCGCAAGUCCCGCCACCGCGUCUGGCUCAAGGACAUACAGCUCUACGUCUUCUGCCACCGCUACCGCCAGAUGAACAUGCGCAAGGGCCAGGGCGGCGCCUUCGAGAUCAACUUCGUCUCGGACGAGGGCGCCUCCCGCUUCCGCGAGGUCUUCUUCCCGAACCCGGACGAGACCUCGGCGGAGGCUGCCGGCGCCAUCGAGGGUGCCAAGUGA